UCUGGGUGCGCUUGGUCUGAUAAUCUUGAUGGGUUUUCCCAGCUUCUUCUACUUCUUUGUGUUUUGAAUUGUAUUGACAUAUGGGGAUGCGUAUGUGGGUGUGCUGGUAGUGAGUGAGUGAGUUCAUGGUUUGGGGGUAUAGGGUUAGGCCAAGAUUGGGAGUAAAGUUGAUUGCUGAGAAACCAUGAACGGAGCUGUGCUAGUGGCUAUUGCAGCCGCGAUUGGUAACUUUCUGCAAGGAUGGGAUAAUGCUACUAUUGCAGGGGCUAUUGUUUACAUAAAGAAGGAGCUUGAUUUGGAAAGCACUGUAGAAGGGCUUGUUGUGGCUAUGUCCCUCAUUGGAGCCACAUUGGUCACAACAUGCUCAGGAGCCAUAUCGGAUUGGAUUGGUCGGCGUCCAAUGUUAAUAGUCUCAUCAAUGCUUUAUUUUAUCAGUGGUUUGAUAAUGUUAUGGUCACCAAAUGUCUAUGUUCUACUUAUAGCUAGGUUACUUGAUGGAUUUGGAAUUGGUCUAGCAGUUACUCUUGUUCCCAUUUAUAUAUCUGAGACUGCCCCAGCAGAUAUAAGGGGAUCAUUAAAUACUCUUCCACAAUUCACUGGUUCUGGUGGAAUGUUUUUAUCAUACUGCAUGGUUUUUGGGAUGUCAUUGUUAAGCUCACCAAGCUGGAGGUUAAUGCUUGGGAUUCUUUCAAUUCCAUCCCUUCUUUAUUUUGCUUUGACAGUAUUUUACUUGCCCGAAUCCCCACGGUGGCUUGUAAGUAAAGGAAGGAUGGUUGAGGCUAAAAAGGUUCUUCAAAGAUUACGUGGCAGGGAAGAUGUUUCAGCUGAAAUGGCUUUGCUGGUUGAGGGUCUUGGGAUUGGGGGUGAAACAUCCAUAGAAGAGUACAUAAUAGGGCCAACUGGUGAGCUUACUGAAGAUCAGGAUCCAGAUGCUGUGAAAGACCAAAUCAAGUUAUAUGGACCUGAAGCUGGCCUCUCCUGGGUUGCCAAACCUGUUCCUGGUGGACAGAGUACCCUUAGUCUUGUGUCUCGCCAAGGAAGCUUGGCAACCCAGACUCUGCCUCUUAUGGAUCCUCUCGUCACUCUGUUCGGUAGUGUCCAUGAAAAGCUCCCUGAAACGGGAAGUAUGCGAAGCAUGCUUUUUCCCAAUUUUGGCAGCAUGUUCAGUACAGCAGAUCCUCAGAUUAAAACUGAACAGUGGGAUGAAGAGAGCCUACAGCGGGAAGGUGAAGACUACGCAUCAGAUGGUGGGGGAGACUCUGACCAUGAUUUGCAAAGUCCAUUAAUAUCUCGCCAGACAAGCAGCAUGGAAAAGGACAUGGUGCCCCCUCCUUCCCAUAGCAGCAUAAUGAGCAUGAGGCGUCAUAGCAGUCUGAUGCAAGGAACUGCUGGUGAGGCAGCUGGUGGUAUGGGAAUUGGUGGUGGUUGGCAGUUGGCAUGGAAAUGGUCUGAGAGAGAAGGUGAAGAUGGAAAGAAGGAAGGAGGAUUUAAAAGGAUUUAUUUGCAUGAGGAGGGAGUCCCCGGAUCCCGACGUGGGUCUCUUGUUUCACUUCCUGGUGGAGAUGUUCCUGCAGAGGGCGAUUAUAUCCAGGCUGCUGCUCUAGUGAGUCAGCCUGCUCUUUACUCUAAGGAGCUUAUGGAUCAGGAUCCAGUUGGACCUGCAAUGGUUCACCCAGCUGAAACUGCUUCAAGAGGGCCAAUGUGGGCUGCUCUUCUUGAACCAGGAGUCAAGCAUGCAUUGUUUGUUGGGGCCGGAAUUCAGAUACUUCAGCAGUUCUCUGGCAUCAAUGGAGUUUUGUACUACACUCCUCAGAUUCUUGAGGAGGCAGGUGUUGAAGUUCUUCUCGAGAGCUUGGGGCUGGGUACGGAGUCUGCAUCGUUCCUUAUCAGUGCAUUCACAACCCUCUUGAUGCUUCCUUGUAUAGUUGUCGCCAUGAAGCUCAUGGAUAUUGUCGGCAGAAGGCGCCUGCUGCUCACUACAAUUCCUGUGCUGAUCGUCACACUUCUCGUCCUAGUCAUCGGCGACCUUGUGACCACGACCACAGUGAUCCAUGCAGCGAUCUCUACUGCAUGUGUUAUCAUCUAUUUCUGCUGUUUUGUGACGGCGUAUGGACCAAUCCCUAACAUCCUCUGCUCUGAGAUCUUCCCCACAAGGGUCCGAGGCCUGUGCAUUGCCAUAUGCGCUCUAGUUUACUGGAUUGGGGACAUCAUCGUCACCUAUACGUUACCGGUGAUGCUGACUUCAAUCGGGUUGACGGGUAUCUUUGGAAUUUAUGCAGUUGUGUGUGUGAUUUCUUGGGUGUUUGUGUUCUUGAAGGUGCCCGAGACAAAAGGCAUGCCACUUGAAGUGAUUGCUGAGUUCUUUGCAGUUGGAGCAAGGCAGGUUACUGCAGCAAAGAAUGACUGAAUGCGGGGGAAGCUUUGAACACUUUGUUGGGGGAUUCUGCCCUUCUUCCCCCUUUUAUAUGAGAUGAAUAUUUUUGUGGGAGUGUGGAUAUUUUGAUGGUCGAGCAAUUUUCAUUAAUAAUAUCAAAUUGCAAUUAUCACGGGGCACUCCCGUUGUUUUUAGUA